ACCUCACCUUUAUAAUGCACACUUCUUAGAACCAAACUUCCAGUCUAGCAUCAUCAUUUCAUGACUGUGCUCCGGCUUUAACGCGUCAAGGGAGGUUCCCUUGCGUGAGGAUGUCGUUAGUGAACUUCUCAGGGCAGAACGUGGUACAGUUCACCAUCACAGGCUUCGACCAUCUACCCUACCACAAGCUGAUGGGCACUGUGAUCCUGCUGGCCUACUGCCUGGCCCUCCUCGGCUCCACCACCAACAUCUGCGUCAUCUCCACAGACAGGCGUCUGCACCGCCCCAUGUACCUGCUGAUCUGUAACCUGGCUCUGGUGGACAUCAUGUUCACCACCGGCGCCAGUACCACCAUGAUCUCUGUUCUGCUGGCCGGGGACAAAACCGUCUCCUACAACUCUUGCCUGUCCCGCGUCUUCAUCCACCACCUAGGAGACGUCACACAGUGUCUGGCCCUCUCUCUGAUGGCACUAGAUCGCACUGUGGCCAUCAGCGAGCCCUUACGCUAUGCCACCAUCCUGACCAACCAGCGAGUGUUCCUAUUGAUUGUGGUGUCCUGGCUUUUGGGGAUCGGUUGCAUUGGCAAAUUGGCGUACAUUGCAGAUCAGCUGCCGUACUGUCAGCCUGUGAUCAAAUACGUUUUCUGUGACUAUGCAGCGAUCAUCAGGGCAGCCUGUGUGGAUCCAGAACCGUAUUGGUUUGUGUCCCGUAUAAUUAGUCUGUGGCUAAUCGCUGGGCAGUUGCCAUUGAUCUUACUUUCCUAUGGGAAACUUGUCUUUACUGUGCUGAGGCUCCCAAGCACGGAGAAAGGAGGGCGCACGUUCCGCACUGUCAUCAGCCAUUUAAUCCCUGUUUUUUCUUUCUAUGCUCCGAAGCUGGUGUCAGUACUGUUAACCAGAGUGGGAGUUAGGCUGUACUUAACAGCGAGAAACGCUUUGCAGAUCAUCUCUACGCUAGUGCCACCUCUCAUUAACCCCUCCGUCUACUGUCUGCAGAACAAAGAGAUCAGAGGCGUUGUCUUACGCAUAUUCAGGAGAAAUCCGGUCUUACCAUCCAAGGACUAA